AUGGCCGUCCAACACGUCGCAUCCCACUCCGACUUCCAAUCCCUCCUCGACACGACCAUGUACGUCGUCGCCGACUUCUACGCCGACUGGUGCGGUCCGUGCAAGCAGAUCGCGCCGCUUUACGAGCAGUUCGCAAAGGCAUCCUCUGUCCCUGGCUACCUCGCCUUCGCCAAGGUCAACGUCGACCACAACAGGCAGACGGCCGCGCAGUACGGGGUCUCGGCCAUGCCCACUUUCAUGUUCUUCAAGAACGGGAAGCAGGUUGGUGUGAACGGCCAGCCGCUUAUACGCGGCGCGGACGUGAGGAGCCUAAAGGCCGCGGUGGAUAAGCUCGGCGGGCUCGCCAAGGAGAAGCACGCUGCUGGCGCCAAAGUGGGGGAGUAG